GUAAAUUGCCUUGUCAAAUCCUUCUGGCAUUCCGAGUCCUUCCUUCCGACAGGAAAAAAAUUUCCCGACAACUGGAAAAAAUUUUCCCGACAACUGGAAAAAAUUUUCCCGACAACUGGAAAAAAUUUUCCCGACAACUGGAAAAAAUUUUCCCGACAACUGGAAAAAAUUUUCCUGUUGUUCGUCCGUAAACCAUUCAAAUUUUCGAAAAUUGAGAACUUUUUUCCCGACAACUGGAAAAAUUUUUCCCGACAACUGGAAAAAAAUUUCCCGACAACUGGAAAAAUUUUUCCCGACAACUGGAAAAGUUCUUCCUUCCGACAGGACACAAACGAAUGUCCGACGUUCCUCUUCCUGAAUGUCUUCCAAAGCCAGAAGAACCGACAGCCCCAGCACCACAACAGACUUACUAAGACUAAACAUUUAAUUUUCAAGCUUGCUUGGUUUGCACUUGCUGAGAUAUUCCUUCACGGUUUCAUUUACCUCAAUUAG